CGUCCCGGAGCGCACGCCUCGGCCUCUCUCUCGCGCCGCCCCCGACGAGCCCCGGGCCCGCCCAGCCUGGGGGCGCCGGGCGAGCCGACGGGGUUUGGCCGCCCCCGGCACCCGUCGCGGCCGCUUCCGCCCUUCCCUGCGCGCGACCCGCGAGGCCGCCGGCCGCCCCGGCUCCGGAAGUAGUCGGCCCGGCGGCCGGAAGUGACGCGCGGCCGAGGCGCGGAGGAGCCGCGGAGAAAGCGCAGCGAAGGCGGGCCCGGUCCGAGGUCUGGCAGUCCGUGGCAGAGCCGGGCGCCCACGGCCCGAGCGCCCCCGGCAGCACCAUGCCCGCGCUCCUGGAGCGCCCCAAGCUUUCCAACGCCAUGGCCCGCGCGUUGCACCGACACAUCAUGAUGGAGCGGGAGCGCAAGCGGCAGGAGGAGGAAGAGGUGGACAAGAUGAUGGAACAGAAGAUGAAAGAAGAGCAAGAGAGGAGGAAGAAGAAGGAGAUGGAGGAGAGAAUGUCACUGGAGGAGACCAAGGAACAAAUCCUGAAGUUGCAGGAGAAGCUGUUGGCCCUACAGGAAGAGAAGCACCAGCUCUUCCUGCAGCUCAAGAAAGUUCUACAUGAGGAAGAGAAACGGAGGCGAAAGGAGCAGAGUGACCUGACCACUCUGACGUCAGCCGCGUACCCGCAGAGCCUGACGGUUCACACAGGAACUCACCUCCUCAGCAUGCAGGGGAGCCCUGGAGGACACAGUCGCCCAGGAACCCUCAUGGCGGCCGACAGGGCCAAACAGAUGUUCGGGCCCCAAGUGCUUACAACCCGGCACUACGUGGGCUCGGCAGCUGCUUUCGCAGGGACCCCGGAGCACGGUCAAUUCCAAGGCAGCCCUGGCGGGGCCUAUGCGACCGCUCAGCCCCCACCCCACUACGGGCCCACGCAACCGGCCUACAGCCCUGGUCAGCAGCUCAGAGCACCUUCGGCGUUCCCGGCGGUGCAGUACCUGUCUCAGCCGCAGCCCCAGCCCUACGCGGUGCACGGCCACUUCCAGCCCACCCAGACAGGCUUCCUCCAGCCUGGCGGUGCCCUGUCCUUACAGAAGCAGAUGGAACACGCCAACCCGCAGACCGGUUUCUCUGACUCAUCCUCCCUGCGCCCCAUGCAUCCCCAAGCUCUGCAUCCAGCCCCCGGACUCCUUGCCUCUCCCCAGCUCCCUGUGCAGAUGCAACCGGCAGGGAAGUCGGGCUUUGCAGCUACCAGCCAGCCUGGCCCUCGGCUCCCCUUCAUCCAGCACAGCCAGAAUCCGCGAUUCUACCACAAGUGAUCGUCAGAUUUUAUCUUCAAGCUCACACCCAAACCCCGCCACGGGUGAGGGCCCCUGGUGUGUCCCAGUCCAAUAAAAUCUACCUGCCAC